AUGGAUUUUCUAAAUGAAGAAGAUGAUAUAAAUCUUGAUUUACCAGAAACGACCAAAAUUAACCGUGAUCUUUUUGCAAAAGAAAUAAGUAACACAGAUGCUCCUUCUAAUGAAGACUUCAAUGUCGAUAAGUUUCUCAUGGAGAAUAACUACCACUUUGUUGAACUAGACCCAUUGAUCAGGGAUUUAUCGGGACUGUCAUCCGUAAUAAUGUCUGAUUUACUAGAGCAAGUAUCAUCGAAUUAUGAAAAUUACCUUAAGUUCUUCAAUACAUACACAUCAGAGGAUAACGACACUCAGUUACAAAUACAAGAAAUAAAGAACAAACUUGAUACUUUCAUGACAGGAUUUGAAACGUUAACUACGAAGGAUGUUACUCAUUCUAAAGAGGUUGUUGCCGAUACAGUUGAAUAUCUACGAAAGUUAGAUGAGAUAAUAAUACAAUUAGGGAAUCACAAGGAACUUGCACAAAGUAUUACUUUAAGUAAAGAGCUAAGUAAAUCUUUACAUGCUUUAUGUGGUGUGGAGGAAACGGACGACCUUCUGUGCAGCGACCUUGUGAAUCAAUUAUACACUUUAAUAUCUAAAUGUGAAACUAUGCUAUUGUCGCUGGAACAAUUAAAUUCUCCUUACAUUCAUCAUCUGUAUAACGAAUAUCAAGGUAUAAUACAGGAAUUUCAAGUGUCAUUAAAAAUUCUAACCGACAAGUGCCUAGCAGAACCUUUAACGUACCCAUACUUAGGAAAGGCGUUAACUUCACUGAUCAACUCCACCAAAUCAAAGACGGACAUAAAUGGUAACUAA